GGCGCGGCGGUUGCACUGCAGGGCGCGGGCGGCGGCGCGGGGAGGCGGAGGAGGAUGGGCCCGCGCAGCGGCGGCCGCCCGCGGCAGGGGCAGCAGCGGCAGCAGCAGCAGCGCCCCCGCCGGCCCUAGCGCCCCCGCGCCGGCGCCGAGCCGCCCCAUGCGCGGGCGGCAGCGAGGGGGCAGCGCGGGGCCGCCGGGGGGCGGCCGCUGAGCGGCGUGGCGCCGGGGGGCGGGCGGAGCCGGAGCGCCGAGCGGCGGCGGCACGCAGCCGCCCGCGGAGUGAGGGAGCGAGCGAGCGGGCGGGCGGCAGCCAGGCAGGCAGCCGGCGGCCGCGGGAGAUGUGCCCGGAGGAGGACGGCGGCUGCGGCGGCGGCGGCGGCGUGGCCGGCACCGGCGGUCCCGAGGCUGCGGUGGCGCUGGACGAGCUCCGCUCCUGGUGGGAAGUCCCGGCCAUCGCGCACUUCUGCUCCCUCUUCCGUACCGCCUUCCGCCUGCCCGACUUCGAGAUCGAGGAACUGGAAGCUGCUCUUCACAGGGAUGAUGUGGAGUUUAUCAGCGACCUGAUCGCCUGCCUUCUUCAAGGUUGCUAUCAGCGCAGAGACAUCACAUCCCAGACGUUUCACAGCUACCUGGAGGACAUCAUCAACUACCGCUGGGAGCUGGAGGAAGGGAAACCCAACCCGCUGCGGGAGUCCACCUUCCAGGAGCUGCCCCUGCGCACACGGGUGGAGAUCCUGCACCGCCUCUGUGACUACCGCCUCGAUGCAGAUGACGUCUUCGACCUCCUCAAGGGUUUGGACGCCGACAGCCUCCGCGUGGAGCCGCUGGGCGAGGACAGCAGUGGUGCCCUGUACUGGUACUUCUAUGGCACGCGGAUGUACAAGGAGGACCCGGUGCAGGGGAAAACCAACGGAGAGCUGGCUCCAGACAGGGGAUGUGGGGGGCAGACAAACACCCCAAGUGUUCCUGGGAAAACGGGCAAGAGACGAGGGCGACCCCCAAAGCGGAAAAAACUACUGGAAGAAAAUUUGCUGAGGGAGAAGGCAGAAGAAAACUUGCUAAUCCGCGAGACUCAGAUAAGAAAUGGGUCCCAAGGGCCUGGCCGUGGGACAUGGUGGCUGCUGUGUCAGACGGAAGAGGAGUGGAGGCAGGUCACAGAGAGCUUCAGAGAGAGGACUUCCCUUAGAGAGCGGCAGCUCUACAAACUCUUGAGUGAAGACUUCCUGCCGGAGAUCUGCAACAUGAUUGCACAGAAGGAGAAGCGUCUACAGCGGACAGAGUUUUCUCCCAGGUGGAUGUCUGACCAUCAGCCCAUCAAACCAAUCAAGCAGGAGGUAAACCCGAAUGUGCUGAGUUCGAUGGAGAAGCAGAGGCGCAGGGAGGAAGAGGAGGAGCGUCAAAUCCUUAUAGCAGUGCAGAAGCGGGAGCAGGAGCAGCUGCUAAAGGAGGAGAGGAAAAGAGAGAUGGAGGAGAAAGUCAAAGCAGUGGAAGAACGGGCUAGGAGGAGGAAGCUUCGUGAAGAGCGGGCCUGGCUGCUGGCGCAGGGGAAGGAGCUCCCCCCUGAGCUUUCCCACUUGGAUCCCAGUUCCCCUACCAGGGAAGAGCGAAGGACCAAGGAUCUCUUUGAACUGGACGAUGAGUUCACGGCCAUGUACAAAGUUCUAGAUGUGGUAAAGGCUCACAAGGACUCUUGGCCCUUCUUGGAGCCUGUUGAUGAAUCGUAUGCUCCCAACUACUACCAGAUCAUUAAGGCCCCCAUGGACAUCUCUAGCAUGGAGAAGAAGUUGAAUGGAGGUCAGUACUGCACCAAGGAAGAAUUUGUGGGCGAUAUGAAGACCAUGUUCAGGAACUGUCUUAAGUACAAUGGUGAAGGCAGUGAAUAUACCAAGAUGGCUUACAACUUAGAGAGGUGUUUCCACCGAGCAAUGAUGAAGCACUUCCCUGGGGAAGAUGGAGACACAGAUGAGGAGUUUUGGAUCAGAGAAGACGGGAGAAGAGAGAAGAGGAGCCGGCGGACUGGCCGCUCCAGCACAGGCAGUGUUUGGACUCGGUCGCGAGACCCAGAUGGACCAGGCAAGAGGCAGCAACGCCUGGAAAAUGGAGGAAAACCUCCACCAUAUCGAGCUACUUCCAGGGCUCCUGCUUCUUCCUCUUCUUCCUCUUCCUCCUCCUUCUCCUCGUCCUCUGCAGAGGAUCCAAGUGGCAACCCAAUGCAACCUCCUCGAGAAGUUGGCCCUUCCAACGGACGAGGUUUCCCUCGCUCUCUGCAGUACGGCGGCAUGCCCAGCCCUGUGCCACAUCCUGGCCAGAUGAGACCAGCCGUGCCAGGUACAUUUGGCCCUCUGCGUGGAUCGGAUCCCACGAAACUGUACGGCUCGCCACGAGUGCCUGAACCACAUCCCGGAGACCCAGUCCAGCAGCACCAGCACUUUGCCAUGCAGCCGGCCGUGGGACUGAGCGAGCACCGUGGGCACAGGCUUGCUGCCCCGGAAAAGCAGGCCUGCGGUGGACCGACCCACGUCACCGGCCUCGGCCCCCGGCCAGGUGCCUUGCAGCUGGGGCGCGUGAGCGGCCCCCCGCCUGACGCUGUCUACCCACCGGCCCAAUUCCAGCAGGGCUUCCUCCCCCCGAGGCACAACGGGCCCCCCAUGAGGCCGCCGGAAGGCUCAGAGGUGCCCCCCGGGCACAUGUACCGGCCCUACAAGUACCUGAACCGCACGCACCCGGCCCUGUGGAACGGCAGCCACGGCCCUGCCGGCCAGGGCGCCAUGGGGCCGGAGGAGAAGGCACCCAUGGGGCCAGGGCCCUCGCUCCAGCCCCGCGCCCUGGGUCAUAUGAUGGACCCCCGGGCCAUGAGGCCGCCGCUGCCUCCCAGCCAGUGGACCGAGCAAUCAAAUUUCCUACCUCACGGGGUGCCUCCCUCAGGCUAUAUCAGACCGCCUGGGAAAACCGCUGGCCAGAGGAUGCCACAGCCACCGGCCGCUCUGUUUGGGGGACCCUCUCAGGUUCAAAGAGGGUGCCAGGGUGGGGACUCCAUGAUGGACAGCCCGGAGAUGAUUGCCAUGCAGCAGCUGUCCUCCCGCGUGUGCCCGCCGGGUGUGCCUUACCACCCUCGCCAGCCACCCCCCCCGCACCUCCCCGGACCCUUUCCCCAGCUGGCUCACGCCGCCUCCGCCGCUGGCGUGCAGCCUCCGAAACCCGUCGUGGGGAACGGGAGCUCACAGGAUCCCACCGGUCAGACCAUGGAGCCGGAGAGCAACCAAGUGGAGCCACCGGCAGGCAUGGACGAGAAGGCUCAGUGCAUCGGCAUUCCCGACGGGGCCUACGCCAAACUCCUACCUCAUCCCAAGCCCCCACUGCCCAUGGAGUGCACCAGGCACGCCUUGCCCCCAGAUGGCGAGGGGGACGGCUCUGGUGUGAAGGGUGACCUGAAGGCAGGGCAGGGCAAGGGCACGUGGCCAGCGGAGAGCGGCUACGCCAGCAGCCCGGGCUGCGUGAGGGACCUGGUGCCCACCUCCGAGAGAGGGGGUCCCCUGCCUGAGAACGGGGCAGCAGGCGAGGGGCCAGCGGGCAGCGCCGAGGGGAAAGGGCUAGCCGCCAACCUGCUGGAGAAGCCCCUUUGUGGCGGGGGGAAGGCUCUGCCCGAAGCGGCCGUGCCUUGCAUGGGGCAGGGCACCGGCCUCCCUGGCAUGGAUGCCAGCUCCAUGGGGGCCACCCCCAACCAGUUCCACCCUCUCUACAUGCCCAGUCUGGAAUACCCGAAUUCGGCCGGGCGGUACCACAUCAACCCGGGCCUGCAAGGGUUCGGCCCCGUGAUGGGAGGGAAGCCUCCUCCUCCCACCUCGCACCCCCAGCAUUUUCCCCCACGGGGCUUCCAGCCGAGCAGUGCCCACCCCGGCGUCUUCCCCCGGUAUCGCCCCCCCCAGGGCAUGCCCUACCCCUACCAGCCACAGCCUCAGCCUUCCUACCACCACUACCAGCGACCGCCCUACUAUGCCUGUCCGCAGGGCUACUCGGACUGGCAGAGGCCUCUCCACCCCCAGGCCGGCCCCAGCGGGCACCCCACUGCCCACCCGCCCCUGGCCAGACCCCCUUUCCCAGACCGGGGGUCCGCCAGCAGCUUGCAGGGCUGUGAGGCACUGAGUGCCGCCCUGGCCUCUCCCAACCGCAUGGACGUAGCGAGUGCCAAAGAGGUUUCUCCGAGCGACGGGCAGGAUCUGGGGCCUGAAGAUGAGAAGUCCGAGGAGUCCCAGGAAAGGCCGGAGAGUCCCAAAGAGUUCCUUGAUUUGGACAACCACAAUGCGGCCACGAAGAGGCAAAGCUCGGUGGCAGCCGGGGAAUUCCUCUACGGAGCCCCCCCACCGCACCUAGGUUCAGGGAUGGGAUUCGGCCCGUCAGCUUUCCCUCCGCACGGGGUAAUGCUACAGACUGGGUCUCCUUAUGCAUCCCGGCAUCCCGCCAGUCAUUUCCAGCCCAGGACGUAUGGAUCACCCAUGAAUGCUCACCUGUCUCAUCAUCCAGCCUCUGGCCAGGCUAACGGCCUCUCUCAGGAGGGACCCCUGUACCGCUGCCGGGAGGAGAACGUAGGUCACUUUCAGGCCUUGCUGAUGGAGCAGAGAGGCAGUGGAGGUGGCAUGGGGGGAACACCCCAGGACUUGUAUAGACCCUCGGGAAUGCAAAUGCAUCAGGCUCAAGUUCCCUUCCCGAAGAUGCCUACAGCAACCAUGUCCCGGGAAGAUUUGACGUCACAAAAACCAUCAGCGUUGCCUCUGGAUCAAAGCUAGUCCGAGGAAGGAAGGACCUCAUGAAGAUGAAAGCCACACGUGAUUUGGACAAGGGGGAGGAGGGGCAGGCCUUCCUCCCACCCUCCCCUCACCCAAGCAGCAUGUAGCUUCCUGGGUCCGUGGAACAUGGUGCCGCAACGGCUUUUGUGUUGGAAACCUGGAGCGGUGCUGGGCCCCAGCCAGCUGAGCAGCUGGCUCACCGCCGCAGGGCAAGCAUCGCAAACUAGUGGCUUUCCAUGACCGGAGACUGCGUCUCG